GGCGGGAGGGGCUACUUCCGCCCGGCCCCUGCUGCGCGUCGCCGCUGCCGCCCAGGCCGGAGCCUUCCUUGUGGCUGCCGCCGCCGCCCAGGCCUAAGCGUAAGCCCAGGCCAGAGCCACUCGCACGCCGCGCCCCGUGGCCCGGCUGCGCGCUCGCCAUGUCGGCCCAGGCGCAGAUGAGAGCCCUGCUGGACCAGCUUAUGGGCACGGCUAGGGACGGAGAUGAAACCAGGCAAAGGGUGAAGUUCACAGACGAUCGCGUUUGCAAGAGCCACCUCCUGGAUUGCUGUCCUCAUGAUAUCCUGGCUGGAACACGAAUGGACCUGGGCGAGUGCACCAAGAUCCACGACUUGGCCCUGCGAGCAGAUUAUGAGAUUGCAAGUAAAGAACGGGACCUGUUUUUUGAGCUGGAUGCAAUGGAUCACCUGGAAUCCUUCAUCGCAGAAUGUGACAGGAGAACAGAACUGGCCAAGAAGCGCCUGGCUGAGACACAGGAGGAGAUCAGUGCAGAAGUGUCUGCAAAGGCAGAGAAAGUACAUGAACUGAAUGAAGACAUUGGAAAACUCCUAGCUAAAGCUGAACAGCUGGGAGCUGAAGGAAAUGUUGAUGAGUCUCAGAAGAUCCUGAUGGAAGUGGAGAAAGUCCGAGCAAAAAAGAAAGAGGCAGAGGAAGAAUACAGGAAUUCAAUGCCUGCCUCCAGUUUCCAACAGCAGAAGCUGCGUGUGUGUGAAGUCUGCUCAGCAUAUCUGGGUCUCCAUGACAACGACCGGCGCCUUGCUGACCACUUUGGAGGCAAAUUACACUUGGGUUUCAUUCAGAUUCGUGAGAAACUGGAUCAGCUGAGGAAAACAGUGGCAGAAAAGCAAGAGAAGAGAAACCAGGAUCGUUUGAGACGGAGGGAAGAGAGAGAACGAGAGGAGAGAAUGGGCAGACGGUCUGGAUCAAGAAACAGAGAUCGUCGACGGUCGCGCUCUCGGGACAGGAGGCGAAGGCGCUCGAGGUCAGCUUCCCGUGAACGGCGGAAGUCUCGCUCCCGGUCCCGAGACCGACACAGACGCCACCGGAGCCGUUCCCGCAGCCACAGCAGAGGUCACCGACGGGGGUCCAGAGACAGGAGUUCAAAACACAAAUCUUCUAGAGAUCGAUCUUCAAGAGAAAAGUCACGAGACAGAGAGAGGAAAGAGAAGAGCUCUUCUGAGAGGCGCCACGAGAGCACAAAUGGCAAAUCUCGUUCCAAGAGAUCAGAAGAGAGAGAAGCUGGCGAGAUCUGAACUCAAACCGAUCUGUGUUGCACUGUAAAUAGUCUGACAAACAUUCUACACGAAGCCUAAAUUCCCCAUUUAUAUUUACUGAAUACAACUCAUCUUUUGUAGUUUGGAAUUUUUAUUGUUUGGCAGAUAGCUGUGAGUUUGUAGAGACACAGAGUUACGUACUGUCUAACGGGGAGGGGGGUGGGGGGGGUUGUGUCAGUAGGAAAUAAAGACAUCCGGAUGGAUUGUUUCCAGAGCAGGCCAGCGGCUGGCGCGUUGUGUUUGUCCUGGCCCAGCAUGCUCAGAGCUGCCCUCAGGCUUGUAAUGCUUCAGCCCUUUACAAAAGAUCUACCUGACCCUCUGUGAGCAACGCCAGUAGUGCUGGUUCUCAGUUAAUUUCUCCUUCUGUUUAUAUAUGUUAAAAGAAAUUCAGAAGUGGUUUUGGUUGGGUUUUUUUGAUUUGUUUUUCUCUUCCUUUUUAGCGCUUAGCCACCUCAUUUUAUGUCUCCAGCAUUAGGGGGGUGCCUCACUGUCCCGCUUCAGACAGACAAAAAUUGGCUGUGAUUUUGAAAGCUCUUGUGAGGAUGGCCGGAUCGGCUGGAGCACAUUCCUAAGGCAGGCUUAAGCCUUGUUUUAGUACUUUUAGAGAUCAAAGACCACAAGGUAGUGGAAAAUCAGGACUCAUUUGUUCUGUAGAGGAGUUACAGUGACAGCUAGUCUGUCUGUUGACUGUGCACUCCAAGGUCAGAGCUUCCUCUGUGAAGCUUUCUGACUUGGAGGAAAAAAGCCCCAAAAAACAACAAAACCCGUGUGGAUGUUUUUCCAGGCCAGUCAGGCAGAACAUGGCUAAGGUGGCUCAGGAUGGAAUGAAAUGCAGGGGCAGGGCGAGGAAAAGAGUUACAGUUUUGGUGUGGUACUGAGGCACCUGCUGUGUCCUAAGGUGUGUGGCAGGAAUUUGCAUAUUGUAACUAGCUUCUUUGUAACUAGGUUUAUUUCAGACCGGGGAGGAAGGCUGCUGUGCUGGGCCAGCCGCAGGCGAGACCCCAGGGAUCGGUAUUGUGAGAAUUGUGUGAGUAAAACACUUGCCACCUUCCGAGCUGGGCGCAGGCCUGGCUGGCCGCUGCUUCUCGGCUCGGUGAGGCAGCCAUUUUUAAUUACAGACAGCUCGCUCCUGCCGUUUCCACGCCGUGGAAGCAGGACCAGGCCUGCCAGUGCCGUGUCCCCGGUGCGGAGUGGGGCCCGCAGGUGUUUCUCCCCUUCCAGGCUCCCAUAAGCUGCUUCAUGAUUUUUUUGUUGCAGUGCGGCCAUCCCGGCACUCCCUCGGUGUUAGUCCUUAGUGCAUGCCACCCCUUUCCCUGUCCGUUUUCACGGCUUAUUCCGCGGGUUCACGUCUUGUUUUUGUAACCUCCGUGUCGGGUGUGCGGCCCGCGGGGGCGGCGGGGCGGGCCCGGGGGGCGGCGGGCGCGCUCUCGGGCUGCCUGUACGUGACUGUGCUGUUCUCUCGCGGUCCGAUCGCAUUAAAGAUCUGUGUUUGUGGCUCCCCA